UGCGCAUUCAAGAUGCGAGUCUUUUCCAGUUUGCACCUCAAGCCUCCGUCAGCCAUGGAUCGGCGCUUUAAAAUCUCCCCACCUCGAUUACCCGUGGAUAAUGUCAGCAACCCCCCUAACCAAACUGGGCCACGAGCUCCAAACUUGCCCCACCGAAUUUGCCGCCGCUUGUAUUCUUACCUUAGCCUUAGUCAGGAGGGGCACGCCGAGGGAAGAGAAGGUUCGUGAUAAUUUAUAAAAUGAAGCGUGUUCUUUGUCUUGGUUUGGAAAUACAAACCGUUAGUCUAGUGUCCAUUAGUUUUGUAUAUAAGGAGUCAUCCGCUCAGCCAACUCGAUGAAGACUUUUUCCAAAAUCACCAUCGCCAUCUCCAUCAUCGUGGGCCUCUGUUCUAUCUUGGCUCUUUUGAAGAACACUAAAGGAAACGACAUUCUCGAGUUUGCAACAACUAACUCUAUCAUUUCCAACCUCGUACCAGCAAACAUCAUCACGGCCAUAACCACGGCCCCAACCUCGGAAGAAAACAACAACAAAAACAACUUAAACACCCCAUCCUCACCCACAAUGUCCGCCGCCGCCGCCGCCAACACCACCACCAAACUCCUCCCGCGCCUCAUCCGGCAGACCUUCCUCGCCGCCGAGCAGGCCGAGGGCGCCGGCGCCCGCGUGCGCCGCUCCAUCGGCACGCCCAAACUGCGCAACUUCUCGCCCUUCCUCAUGCUCGACCACUUCUCGGUCGCGCCCGGCGCCGGCUUUCCCGACCACCCCCACCGCGGCCAGGAGACCAUCACCUACCUGAUGGACGGCGCCAUGGACCACGAGGACUUUGCCGGCAACCGUGGUCGGCUGGGCCCGGGGGACCUGCAGUUCAUGACCGCGGGCAGGGGGAUUGUGCACGCGGAGAUGCCGGUUGCGAGGGAGGAUGGGAAGCCGAAUGUGGGGCUGCAGUUGUGGGUGGACUUGCCGGAGAGGUUGAAGGCGUGUGAGCCGAGGUAUCGGGAUUUGAAGGCGGAGGAGGUGCCCGUUGUGGAGGUGGAUGGCGGGAGGGUGAGGGUGAAGGUGAUUAGUGGGCAGAGCCAUGGGGUGGAUUCGGUCAAGGAUCUGGCGUACACGCCCGUGUGGCUGCUGGAUGUGGAGGUCAAGCCGGGUGGUAGCAUUGUGCAGCCGCUGCCGGAGGGGUGGAAUGCCUUUGCGUAUACGUUGGAAGGGGAGGUGUUGAUUGGGGAGGCCGGCAACCAGCGCACGGUGGGCGCGUAUCACAACGUGGUGUUUGAGGGGGAGGGCCAGGCGGUGUACGCGGCUGUUGACGAGGGCGCCGAGAAGAGCGCGCGGUUCGUCAUCAUCGCCGGCACACCGCUCGACCAGAAGGUUGUGCAGUACGGGCCGUUUGUGUUGACCAGCCAGGAAGAGGUGUACAAGGCGUUUAUGGACUACCAGACGCACUCGAAUGGGUUUGAGAGGGCGGACGGGUGGGAGAGUGAGAUUGGGAAGAGGGGGCAUUAGGAUGGAGAAGAGGAUGUUUUGUCGAUUGGAUUGUACAUGUAACAUAGAGGAUACCAAUUCAGAGAAUGCUCGUUUAGGCAACUAAGGACGUACCCCGAGGCUCGCUAAUUCCCGUUUCCGAAGUGUAAGUACUUGCCUCACUCUACUUGGAGUAUGGGGGCACAUCUUGGGGUUUGUGUGUAGUGUC